GAUUUAAUAUGGAUCCUCGCACGAGUGCGCAAGAUGUCAUCCGAUGUGACCUUUGUGAGACAGCUAUAGUACAGAAGUACUGUGAUUUCUGUCAUGUCAAUCUGUGCAUUCCUUGCAUAGGAAAACAUAUUUCUGAUGACUAUGACAAACAUAAAGUAGUCCCAUACCGAGAAAAAAAGUUAACUUUAAUCUAUCCUAAGUGCUCAGCACAUCAAACAAGAAGCAGCGAGUUUCACUGUAAAACGUGCGAAACCUCUGUGUGUUCUCUUUGUGCUUUAUCUGAUACACAUAGGGGGCACACAGUUUCACCUCUUUCUGAUCUUUUUUAUUCAAAGAAAAAAGUUAUUGGGAAAGAUGCUGAAGAAUUAGAAAACUUAAUUUCUCCAACGUAUGCAGAAAUUGCUAAUAAUAUAGAAAGCCAAAUAGCUAACUUAAAUGGGGAAUAUGGAAAUCUCAAAACAACGUUGAUCAAAUGUGGAGAAGAAUGGCACAGAAAAGUCGACUUAAUUGUCGAGAAACUAAGAAUUGAAAUAGAAAAGGAAAAAACGAAGCAUGAGAGUAUUCUGAAGGCGCAUUUGAAUGAAAUCAAACAGAUACAGACUCUUAUUGAACAAACCCUUCUAAAUCUUACACAAAUUGAAGAUUCAAAUGAAGUAUCUUUGACCAUGGAAUACAUCUCACGAACGAAGGAAUUAAGCAAACUACCUCCAAAAAUGCAAAUAUUACUACCAACUUUUAGUUCAAGGACAAUAGACACAGAACAGCUUUACAAGUUAUUUGGAUAUUUAACACCAUUAUUCGUCACAACAGAGGAAAAUGGCUACGAAGUAAAAAAACCAAAGAUAUCAACAAAAGACAUGCUGGAGACACAGACUUGGGACACAGAGAAUAUGCCCUUUACCGAUAAGCUGCUGGUGGCAGCCAUUGACUUUGGUACCACCUACAGCGGCUAUGCAUUUUCUUAUAGAGAUGAAUACGAGAAGGACCCUUUGAGAGUCAGCUCCAAAGUUUGGGUAUCAGGCUCCAGUAGUCUCUUGACCUUGAGGACCCCCACCUGUGUUCUGUUCAAUAAACACAAAGUGUUCGACUCGUUUGGUUAUGAUGCGGAGAAUAAAUAUUCAGAACUCACAUUAAAAGAGGAACAUGCGGAGUGGUAUUAUUUUCAGAGGUUCAGGAUGUUUCCAUUCAACAAAGAGGAACCACUUUCAAAAGUCCUAAAAAUAAAAACUAUAGACGGGAAGGAGAUGGUGGCUUUGGAUGUAUUUUCAGCGGUCAUUAAAUUCCUGAGGGAUCACCUACUACUUACUGAAAACGAAAAAGGCACAGGGAUCCAAGAAACUGAUAUAGGCUGGGUCUUAACAAUACCUGCUAUCUGGGACUAUCCUGCCAGACAGUUUAUGAGAGAGGCGGCAGUGAGGGCUGGAAUAUCCAGGGACCAGUUACUGAUGGCACAGGAGCCUGAGGUGGCCACCUUAUACUGUAAACAUAUCUCUAAAAAGAAACUGCUGUCUGAGGGGGGCGUCCAGGGAUUCGAGGUCUUCUCCAAGGGAAGCAAAUACCUAGUUCUGGAUUGCGGAGGGGAAACAGUAGAUUUCACCGUUUAUGAAGUUCAACCUGAUCACAACCUAAAAGAGAUGCACAAAGAUAGUAGAGGAGGGAUGGGAGGGAAUCAGGUAAAUGAGGCCUUCAAACAGAUGCUGAUCCAAAUAGUAGGAGCCCCAGUCUUCAAUGAAUUUGCCCGCUCAUUUACAGAUGAUUCUGUAGAUUUUUAUAGAGAUUUCGAAAUCAAAAAGCGUAGGAUUACUGUUGACAUACAGGGCAAUGUCUACAUUUUUAUUCCAAUUUCUCUGGUGAAAACUUUCGAACAGAAGGCAGGGAAGAAUAUUAAAGAGGCAAUAGAGAAUUCCAUUUAUUCAGGAAAAAUUACAUUUAGGAACAACAAAUUCAGAAUUGAAGCAGAAGUGAUUCAGAGCUUGUUUGAAGACGCAGUUAAUCAAAUUGUGGAUCAUGUGAGAGACGCAUUAAAGAAACCGGACAUCUCAGAUACUAACAACAUUAUAAUGGUCGGAGGUUUUUCCGAGUCACCAAUCCUACAGGACGUUAUCAAGCAAUCUUUUCCAGAUAUGAGAGUCAUUAUUCCCUCCGAUCCAGAGCUUGCAGUCGUCAAAGGCGCAGUACUGUUUGGAUGCAAUCCUGUCACCAUUUCUUCUCGCAUUGCCAAAUAAAGAUACUACAGUCUACUUUAAUCAAAGUAUUCGAACGACUGAAAAGAAAAAAUAAAGAUUCUGAAAUCUCACUGAAGACAUAUGUCAUAAAUAUUAACCACUAUGACAGACAUAGGUCUUUACAUUUUUAGCCGGCUAAGCAAAGUCCUGGCUGUAGGCGUUUCUUACUAUAAAUACAAUGAAGCGCAUUAAAGUGGUAAAAUUUCCCGUUUGACUUGAACGUUUUGCCCUAUCUUUAGAACGAUGAUUGUCAUACAAUGACACGCCCAUUUCUUAAGAAAGGAAAAAUCGGUCAAAUGAUUCAAUCGAAUACCUGUAGAACAGGUAUUUCAUAAAUAUAAUGACCAAUCAAAUUGACGGUCUUCAUAAACAUGGAGUAAGCACGUGUUCGACCAAUACAUGUGUUAUGAUAACUCAAAUAUACAUGAUAAAAUCAUCAUUAUGUACAAAUUCUUUGCAAUGCGUGUUUUACAUAAAAGAGAACUCUUUAUAUAGCUCUUUCUUAUUUAAAGCGGCACUGUGACGCACAAAGGGGAAAAUUGACAAAUGUAAAAUUUUUGCAUGACCCUUUAAUUUUGUUCAAUUCCUAAAAGUAUUAGGCUUCAGAAAAUUACAGGUUUUAGAACCUAAAAAUUCUAUUUUUAAGGAGAAAAAUAAAAGAAAAAAUAAUUUUUGUAUGCCCCAGACCGAAAAUAUUGCUCAAUACUUCUUCCACCCCAUUGCACGCGUGCGCAGAAAAGUUGAAUAAGUUUCCAUAGUUACCAUGGUCUCAAGUACCCAGGAAUGAAUGUAAGUAGACCAAAAAUUUAGAGGCAAUCUUUUUAAAACGUUGUUAGAACAUAUUUCUCACAUUUGCAUCACCCCUACUAAUGUGUUCGGAACCUUUUAUUUGUCGGUGUUCUGCAUAUUAUAAAACCCGAUGAGUUAAGGGUAGCUCUGACAUUGGCUCUGGCGAGAGCUAGCGAGACUUCAGCGAGAUAGAGUAAAUUAAUCACGGAAAUGUGGCUAGGAAGUGACUAGCACGUGGAGACAUGGUAAACAGAAAAGUUAUGUUGUGUUUUAGUUUUCACCACCCUAUAAUAUCAUUCUGUAGAAAUGUACUUCAAUCGAUCUUUCUUGAAUUCAUUCAAGUUUAAAUUAUUUUAAAGUUUUUUCUAUGAUACAAUUUUCUGCUGUCAUGAAUUAGAAUUUCUUUUUAGACAAAUAUUUUGCAUGGGAACCGGGACUAUAUUUUUUGGCGUCAGAUUAGCAAAUGGGGCACCAAUGUGACUUUAACUGACAAAUCAGAUGAAUGAGAAUUGCAUUAUGGGUUACUA